AAUCGCCUCGAUAUUACAAUUACUGCGCCGUGGCCGAACACGGAUAUGACGGGCCUUUGCGUCGACGAGGCACUUCAAGACGAUACAGAGAGCGGUCGCGGGGAUGCUGGAGGGAGCGAGCUUCCGGGCGCAUGCGUGAACGACGGCAGAUGCCGUACAAGCUCCGUCGCGAACAAGACCUCCACCGCGACUUUAACACCAAUCCGCAAACAACACAUUCACAACACACACAAUGCCCAUCGGACCCACACUGCCACCACAUCUCGCGAAACGCAGUCGCGACGACGAUGGCGACCGCGCCCCUUCCCCAGAUGCUAGCGAAAAACGCCGCAGGGUAGCUGGCCCAGCACCUCCGCCCUCCGCAUCACGUACAGCUGGGCCCACCCUGCCACCGAACUUCCCUUCACGCUCGAGCAGCGAAGACAGCGAUGCCGGUCCAGCACCCCCACAGCCUCCGAAACGCGUCGCUGGACCCGCGCCACCACCCGCGCCGCUCGACCAACGCCCAUCGAACCCGCCAGACGACGACUCAGACAGCAGCAGCGACGAUGACUUUGGCCCCGCGCCACCGCCACCCGCAGGCGCAUCAUAUGCAUCCCACAACGACAAUGGCAGACCCGCGCCUUCGCUCUUCGACACAGACCCCGCGUACACUGAGGCUCCCAAGAAGACAGCACGCGACGAAUGGAUGACCAUGCCCCCCACCCAAGACGACCUCGCCGCGCGCAUGGACCCGACGAAACUGCGCGCGCGGAAAUUCAACACCGGGAAGAGCGCUGGCGCGUCAAGCGGCGGGGGCAUGAGCAGCGCGUGGACCGAGACGCCAGAGCAGAAGCUCAAGCGCCUGCAAGAUGAAGCAAUGGGCAUUAUCACGCCGUCAAACGCUGCGUCGACAUCUCAUCAGAGCUCGAAGAAGAGCAGAGACGAGGAGCGACGCGCGCGCAAGAUUCAAGAGAAGAUUGAGGCUACGAGGGGGAAGAGUUUGGUUGAGCAGCACAAGGAGAAGGGUACGGGUAAAGUGAAGGAAGAUGAUCCUAGUAAGCGCGCGUUUGACUAUGAGAAGGACAUGGCUGUGAUCGGUACGGUGAACCACAAGCAGAGGAGGGAUAUGUUGAAUAAAAGCAAGGGGUUUGGGGACCGGUUUUCGGGCGGGAGUUUUCUGUGAGGCGGGAAUGGGGUUGUAAAUACUUUUGUUAUAUCCACUUGGAUGUUUUGAAAAAUACUCCUUGCGCUGUCUCUGAUUGGACACUAACGAGCAGUGGGC